AUGCCCGGCUCAGCGUCCGAUGAGGUCGUCUCGGCCGCCGAUCGCAACGCCACCAAGACUUCGUCAUCCGAAGACGCUUCUGCCGCAGUCCGCACGAGUAGAGGCCAGCAAACUGAGCUCGAAGAUCUCGAGCACUUUGCCUACACCCACACCUCGGCCACCGUCGACGUGCUGGUCAGCGUAUUGGCGACGUGCGCCAAGCAUCUGCGUCACGGUCGCAUCGGCGCAAGCCCUGGCUUCCUAAGCAGCAAAGCCAACCUCCGCGAUGCCUUCGGCGACUGGCUCCGCGACUCUCUACACACGAGGUCGUCUGACGAGCGACCCGCGUGGCUGGCCAUUCGACUCCAGCCCGAAGGCGUGCAGCUCAGUCUCAAAGACGCCGAUGCCCUCUUCGAGAUAGUGGCGCCGGAGCUGCGAGGCGGCUUCGACGAGUCCCCUCCCGUCGUGGUUCGACUCCUGCAUCGCAUGCUGACCGAGGGCAUGCUCGCCACUCCGCGUCCGCAGCGUACCACGCCGUGGAAGGGCAUCCUCGAGCGCGACUACUCUGUCGAAUUCCUCGGCGAAGGCAACGCCCUGCUCUGCCACCACAUCAAACUCUUGUUGGAGACGUACGAUGAAGAUUUCUGUUACGGUCGCGUCGUUCCGAUAGUCCAGUCCUCGGGUUCGGGCAAGUCUCGUCUCGUUGACCAGACGCUCAAGAAGACUCACCUCGGCCUCCAAAUUUGCUUGCGCUCGAAAGAGUCUGGUAAUUCCUUCCCACCGCGAGACAGCGCGGUGGCCGAUGCACUCUUCCGUCCUGCAGUCCCCCAUCGCACCGACCACAAAGACGGCGAGCUGGGCAAUCGGCUCCGCGUCGUGGCUUGGCUCGAGGCCGUUGCCUACUGCCUUGCCACCGAAGUCGCCCUCGUGACGGAGAGCUACGAGCCAACGACCUCGGCAAUUUCGCUCGCGGGGCACUUCUACGAACACUUGCACGGCGAUGCGAUCUGGGAUCCUAGACACGACAGGCCAUUCGAGACCAGCCGUCGUGAAGAUUUGCUCGAGGCCAUCGCCGUGCGAUGCCAGCAGAACUGCGACCGUCUCGCCCAAAGCACCGAUGACGGCCUCGAUCGUUUCGAGAGCACGACGUGCGCACUUGCUUUCAAGUCCCUGCAGGGCGCCGUCGAGGCCGCGGUCCGGAAAGGGCAGAUGCACGACGACGGCGUCUUUAUCCUGGCCCUCGACUCGGCAGCCCAGCUCGGAUGUCUGCUGGACGAGGUGUGGAAAGUAUGGUACGGGAUCGGCCAAAGAUCCAAGGCCAACGCCGACCGGCUGGUCCUCGUCCUGCUCAGCACGGAACGGACAAUCGCUGUACCCAACAUGUUCGCCGCGUUUCUGCAGCCUGGGCGUCGAGCGGUGUUCCCUCCUCCAACAUUUACACAGCUGCCGCACGAUGUCGCCUACAACGCCCUCAGCGCCAAAGAGCAGGACCCGCACGGAAAGUUGUGGCGCGCCCUCCUGCGGCAACUGGCCCUGAUGGGUCGGCCUCUGCUGGGCGAUAGCCACCUCGGAUACCACCAAUUCGGACUCUAUUCUACCUACUCGUCGCUGCGGCCCUUCGUCGGCGACGUUUCGCUAUGGAAGGUGCAAGGCAAGAUGCUCAUGACAAGGGAGCCGAUGCUCGGGCUCCCUCCCUGGGCCAGCGCGUGCAAGGACGACGGUUACCGUUCCAGCCGAAUGUGCCAAGGCUCGCAACUCUUCGACGACGUGCACCGCUACCUGGCAGCUGUGUACCAGCGACUGCCGCUCAAAUUCAUUGGAGCGGGCCUCGACCGCUUCGUGGACAAACAGAUGCGCGAUCACAUGCGCACCACCGCCGACCACGGCCCGCGCACGUCGUUGUUGACGAUGUGCACGCCGUCGGAGCCCCUCGUCAGCAUCGCCGCGGCUGACCUCUUUCGGCAGCCGCAAAGCAGCAGCCCACGGAGCGAGCCGGACGAUGACGCUGCGGCAGUCGUCCAUAGGCGCUGGAGAGAGGUGGCAUCGGCGCUCAUGUACGCGAGCCGCGCCUACUACAUGACGCUCGGCGACGACUGGGGGUCGGCCGUGCGGUUCCUCUUGACGAUCGCGACAGACACGGCCGCGGCUCAGCGGCUCAAUGUGGCCGACAGCGAAUGCGACAUCAUCAAGAAGCGACAGGAAAUGUGGCAACAAGGCCUAUCGCUCGACCCCGUAAAUCUGUGGGAAUGGCUGAUGCAACUCUUCGGCGACGCCAACUUGGAGGCUGCGAUCAACGUCGAGACCCGAAUCGAUCGGCAGCCAGACGACGCCUCGGCCGUCGAGGGACAACGAGCGCUUGGACCUCUCGAGCAGUUUGCGCGGUCGGCGCGACUCAACUUCACUCAUUUUGCGUUGCUGCCGGAAAGACUCGACAGCGUCACCAAGGACAUGCUGGCGCUGUGGUUCACCUGCCACGUUGCGCUGUGCGCAGACCCGUCGCAGGAGGGAUGGGACAUGCUCAUCCCGGUCUACGUCGACCCGGACUGGAACGGUGAGCAGACGCAGAUCGACGUCAACAGGUUCUCGCACGUCGUCGUUCAGGCCAAGGUUCGACGCAGCGCGCUACCUCGAGGCAAGAUCGGUAUCGCACCGCCGGCCAUCUCUGGCAAGGCACGAGGACCGAUUUCCCGCCCCGAAGCUCAGGAGAGCAGCACCGGGACCCCGUCAUCCGAGUCGGUGCCGUCCUCGGCGAUGGCCGCCGAAGCCGCUCCGGUGACAGAUGAGGCUGCAGCGUCGUCGGCUCGCUUCGAGUAUCUUGCGUUGAGCAUCGACCUGCAUCCAGAAGUCGGCGACGAAGCGCCGGCGCUGCGCUACAGGUGCGACGACGACGGCGAGGCUCGAGGGGCGCUGGCCCACCACCUCGACGCCGUGGGGCUGAAGAAUGCGUUCGGCACGUUGCUGGAGCCGUUGGGCAAGGGCUUGCUCGAUCUGCUCCGCAUUCUCAUCCUCCUUGAGUCCGACCCGGUCAAAGAGGAGGGCAAGAGCGAGGCGCGAUACGGAUCCUACCUGGCAGCUCCCGGGUUUUUCUUUACACGACGUCUCAAAACUCGAGACGGGUAA